AGCAAUUCCGAAACAUGUCCAAAGAAACACCAUCAAUGUCUACAUCUCGAGACAAUCCAUUAUUUGAUAAAUUAAACCCACAACAAAUUCAAGCCAGUAUAAAGUUCUAUGAAGCUGAUCAUGAAUUGACUCACGAAGAACGAUUAAAAAUAACUCAAGAUUUGCAAUAUAUGGUUGGUAAAUCAAAUAUCGUAACUUUAGGGGCCACAAUUGCAGGAUCCUUAUCACCUACAGUAUAUUACAGAUAUAUCAAGAAACAAGUUCCUGCAGGGGCUAGGUUUAUCGUAUACCCUGGUUUGUCGUUCUUUCUUGGUUUAGGUAAUUUGUUCUUGGUUAAUAAUAUGUAUGGCAGAUAUCAAUUCAACCAGAAACAAAACGAGGUACACGAUCCCAAGCUUCAAAGAGUUUGGGAUAGUAUGGAUUACCGUACUUUGGCUAUAUUUUACAUUUACUAUUUGAGAUCAAGUGCUGAUCCUAAUGCCAUUAUGAAAGAUCCAAGACUGAUUACCAGAGAAGAUAUUUACGGAGUUAAAGUUGACCCAAAUAUGGCUGAAAAGGUCAAUCAACCAAAAGAUACAUAUUCUGAAUACGCCACUCGUUGGAAUGAAAUCAGACAAGAAGAGGUUAAGCAUGAACAAGAGCUACCAGAGAUAAAAAAAUAUGACAAUGAUGACAUUUUUGACUUUGAUAAACCUAGAACUGAAACUUCAGAUCAAGAAGAUCACCAGUCUGCUUGGGACAAGAUUAGAUCUAGUAGUAGAUAGUCUUCUGUAUAUAAGUGUAAAAUAGAAAAUUUUAAGUUAAUCAAUU